GAACCAAAGUCUCAGUACUGGGGCAGGAGCAGCAAAGCCUAAGUUCACCUUCUGGUUUGGGCUGGGGCUAGGGUUGGGUUCAGGUUCUGGUUGGGUCUGGGCAACAAAGCAGCCGUAAGUCUCCAACUAUAAGGAUUCAUCAGAGUUUCUCCUAUGACUCCUACCCUUUCCAGAUGCCCUCUGUGUCCUGGUUCCUUCCCCACAGCCGAGAAGGCUGUUGCCCUGAGGAACCAGGGUGUCCGUGCUCCACCCUGUAUAACAACAGCGUCAGUGCCUAUCAGUAGCAUCCCGCGGUUGAAGAGCCCUUGACAGUUCUAGAUCUCAGCUGGCCCUCACAGGUGCUCAGGGCGAGGUGGUCAGGCCCAUUGGACCGGCCAGGAAGCUGCCGUUAGGGUGCACCCAGGUCUGCUGGGCUCUCACUGGAGCCGCAGUUGUCCCUGCACCUCGGUCGGAGAUUCCGGACUCGGGUUCUUGCUUCUGUACUGAUACAGAGUGAUGGGCAGAGCCUGGCCUCAGCUCCGAGGUACUGAGCUGGAUGUCUGCUCCCAUGGUGCCCCCCCACACACACACUCCUCCUUCUGACUUUAAAGCCCCGAGGCACUUGAGCCUCCUGGAGGGAGGAGAGGGGAGCGGCUCAGGGGCUAGGGCGCUGAGUCAAGCCUGGCUAGGUGGGGAAAGGGAAACACAAGGGAGAGAGUGUGACAAGGCAUUUCCCUGGCUCCCUGGGAAUCUUCUGGGGCCCACAAGUGCUCACACACUUCCGGCUGCUCAGGGCCCUGCCCACCCCCACCCCCGCCCCAAGUGCUUCGUGGCAGCUUUCAACAAAGCCCUUUGACUGACCUGCCUGGAAUUUUGAUUUUUACUUGUGUGUUCCCGUAGAGUGUUAGAGGUGGGCACAGACCCUCUGCCAGGUCUGGGGCUUGGAACCAGGUAGGCAAAGUGGCCUGUGGGCAGAGGUAGGACAACAACAGGAUGGAAGGAAGAGACCCCAAGAAAACCUUUUCCCGAAGAACUUUGAGGAGAGCCUCCCCAAAGAUGCCGGAGCUGUACUUUGCCUUAGGGUUCUGUCAGUGGCAUCCCCGGUGUUCAUCCAGUGCCAGGGUGGAGUUGGGAUGCACACGGGGCAGGUGCCUGGAGCCGGUUGGUCAGGAUUUCUGGGAAGAAUUCCAGGCUGGGGAAUCCUGGACUCCAGCUGGCUGGCCACCCGUCAGUGAGAGAAGGGGGUACUCUGCAGUCUAGGGAGAGGGCCUUAGUCCCCACCUGCGCCUCAGAGCAAGGGCCUGAGCCUUCACCAAGCCCCUAGGCUGGGGGAGAAAACAGGAAGUUGCUCCUAUCCUGAUCCUGACCUUCACCCCCUGCCCCAAGCCAAUCGCAAACCUGUAGAGACACGGAAAGCUGGGGGCAGCUCUCACUCAUACCAGGGGUUGUGAAGCAGCUGGAGGAAGAAGGAAGGACAGAUGGGUGGGGGGGAAUCAGAGGAUCUGGUAGAGCCGGCAGGUCAGGGGGUGGCUGGUGGAGCCAGUCUGAGGGCCUGGCUGCUGAUGUCACCAGUCUGCAGCUUAGGAUCCCAGGACCUCCCUGGGCAGGACCAAGACCAGGCCCAUGGGCCAGUUUCACAGGGCUGAGCCUGGCCUGGGCCACACCAGAGCCUGGCAGCGGGGGGCCUGUGAGAGCAGACGCAGGCCACCCGAGCUUGGGAACAGGGUCCCCUGCAUAGGGGCCUGCGUGGAAGGGGCACCCUGCCCCAUUGCCCUCAGGGUUUCACACCCAGGAGAGGGGGGCCCCUUCUGCACCAGUGUGGUAGGGAUCAGCCUAGAGUGGGGCCCCUCAGUUGGGGCAGUCUCACCAAGGCCUUCCACUUUCACCUCAGCUUUGAGUCCUGACAGACCCCAGCCCCACCCUGUGUCAUCUCAUUCCCACAGUUCCUCGAAAGGGGAAAGGGGACGAGGCUGGGUCUCAUUCCCUGCCCCUACCUACUUCCAGAGACAGCCCCCGGAGGCCGGGCCUCUGUGGGGGGGGGUUGGAGCAAUCAGGCUUCCCUUUCUCGGAAGCUUGGCCCCGCCCUCCCCCCCUCAUAAACCACAUACCCGCCCGCCCCACACCUUGCGCUCGCCCUGUCCCAGCAGUCCGGACCUGUCCCAGCCUGGCUGCCGGACUCAGCGCUGCUGUCACCAACGCCGCUGCCAGGCAUGACGGACAGUCCUCGUUCAGACGUGGGCCGCUGGGGCGGGAACCCCUGGCAGCCCCCCACCACACCUUCUCCAGAGCCAGAGCCAGAGCCAGAGCUGGACACACGGUCCCGUCGGGGAGGCCGCUCCUUCUGGGCUCGCUGCUGUGCCUGCUGCUCCUGCCGAAAUGGGACAGAUGGUGACUGGGGAUCUGAGCCCCAUGGAGACCGAGGCUCCAGGGGUCGAGGGUCCAGGUCUGGAAGUCGAAGACCAGACUCACGGGGCUCAGAUUCCCGCCGGCCUGGCUCCCGGACCGGUGGUGUGAACGCAGCUGGAGACGGCACCAUCCGAGAGGGCAUGCUGGUGGUGACCGGUGUGGAUCUCCUGAGUGCACGGUCAGACCAGAAUCGCCGAGAGCACCACACAGAUGAGUUUGAAUACGAUGAGCUGAUUAUACGCCGUGGACAGCCUUUCCACAUGGUCCUUCACUUCUCUCGGCCCUAUGAGUCCUCUGAUCAUGUCGCCUUGGAGCUGGUUAUCGGAAACAACCCCGAGGUGGGGAAGGGCACCCACGUGAUCAUCCCAGUGGGCAAGGGGGGCAGUGGAGGCUGGAAAGCCCAGGUGACCAAGGCCAGCGGGCAGAAUCUGAACCUCCGGGUCCACACGUCCCCCAAUGCCAUCAUCGGCAAGUUUCAGUUCACCGUCCGCACACGCUCCGAGGCUGGCGAGUUCCAGUUGCCCUUUGACCCCCACAACGAGAUCUACAUCCUCUUCAAUCCUUGGUGCCCAGAGGACAUCGUAUACGUGGACCAUGAGGAUUGGCGACAGGAGUACGUGCUCAAUGAGUCUGGGAGAAUUUACUAUGGGACUGAAGCCCAGAUUGGCGAGCGGACCUGGAACUACGGGCAGUUUGAUCAUGGGGUGCUCGAUGCCUGCCUAUACAUCCUGGACCGGCGGGGCAUGCCAUAUGGAGGCCGUGGGGACCCUGUCAGUGUCUCCCGGGUCAUCUCUGCCAUGGUGAACUCCUUGGACGACAAUGGGGUCCUGAUUGGAAACUGGUCCGGUGAUUACUCUCGAGGCACCAACCCUUCCGCGUGGGUGGGCAGCGUGGAGAUCUUACUCAGCUACCUGCGCACCGGCUACUCCGUCCCCUAUGGCCAGUGCUGGGUCUUCGCCGGCGUGACCACCACAGUGCUGCGUUGCCUGGGCCUGGCUACCCGCACUGUCACCAACUUCAACUCAGCACACGACACAGACACAUCCCUCACCAUGGACAUCUACUUUGAUGAGAAUAUGAAGCCCCUGGAGCACCUGAACCAUGAUUCUGUUUGGAACUUCCAUGUGUGGAACGACUGCUGGAUGAAGAGGCCAGAUCUGCCCUCGGGGUUCGAUGGGUGGCAGGUGGUGGACGCCACGCCCCAGGAGACCAGCAGUGGCAUCUUCUGCUGUGGCCCCUGCUCCGUGGAGUCCAUCAAGAAUGGCCUGGUCUACAUGAAGUACGACACGCCCUUCAUUUUUGCCGAGGUCAACAGUGACAAAGUUUACUGGCAACGACAGGAUGAUGGCAGCUUCAAGAUCGUGUAUGUGGAGGAAAAGGCCAUUGGCACGCUCAUCAUCACAAAGGCCGUUGGAUCCAACAUGCGGGAUGAUGUCACCCACAUCUAUAAACACCCGGAAGGCUCAGAAGCAGAGCGGAAGGCAGUGGAGACAGCAGCCGCACAUGGCAGCAAGCCCAACGUGUACGCCAGCCGCGACUCGGCAGAGGACGUGGCCAUGCAGGUGGAGGCCCAGGACGCGGUGAUGGGGCAGGACCUGGAGGUCUGCGUGGUGCUGAGCAAUCGCGGCGGCAGCCCCCGCACCGUGAAGCUGCACCUGUACCUCUCAGUCACCUUCUACACCGGGGUCACGGGGCCUGUCUUCAAGGAGAGCAAGAAGGAAGUGGUGCUGGCGCCAGGGGCCACGGACCGCGUGUCCAUGCCUGUGGCUUACAAGGAAUACCGGCCCCAGCUCGUAGACCAGGGGUCCAUGCUGCUCAACGUGUCGGGCCACGUCAAGGAGAGCGGGCAGGUGCUGGCCAAGCAGCAUACCUUCCGUCUGCGCACCCCAGACCUGUCCCUCACAUUAUUGGGGGCAGCCGUGGUUGGCCAGGAGUGCGAAGUACAGAUUGUCUUCAAGAAUCCCCUGCCUGUCACACUCACCAACGUCGUCUUCCGGCUGGAGGGCUCCGGGCUGCAGAGACCCAAGAUCCUCAAUGUGGGGGACAUUGGCGGCAACGAGACAGUGACACUGCACCAGAAGUUCGUGCCUGUGAGACCAGGCCCCCGCCAGCUCAUCGCCAGCUUGGACAGCCCACAGCUCUCCCAAGUGCACGGUGUCAUCCAGGUGGACGUGGCUCCAGCCCCUGGGGGCGGGGGCUUCUUCUCAGAUGCUGGAGGCAACAGUGGCUCAGGGGAGACCAUCCCUAUGGCAUCUCGAGGUGGGGCUUAGCCCCUGGCCGGGAGCGAUGGGACUGGAGUCAGAUGAGCAAGGACAUUGCCUCAAGUCAGGGGCCCACUGCAGAGCUGCUCCCCAGAGGCUCAGGUGGGGAGGCCAGGGCAUCUGGGGAGGGAACCAAUCUUCACUUGCACAGGGCAGCACGGAUGCUAAUAAACUGUUUUUUAAUGAA